GACUCUUUUGAAUGGAAUCGGGCUGAUUCAUCGUGGGUUCGCGCUGCCGGAGCUGGGCUAAGUCUGGGUUGUUGCCAUCGCUGCCGCGAUACCGCAGAGGCAAGACAAGGGUCCAGACCGCCACCUCCUGCCCCGCCAGACUCCAGGCGAAGAAGAAAAGAUACUUUGGAAAAGUUGUAUCUGUCAGAAUUAGCAAAAGAUUGAGUUAAGAAGGAGAAAUUUGUCAAGCUCAACAAAUUGAAGUUUAACACCCUAAGAAUUAUAAUUACUGAAAAGAAAUAUGGACAGACUUCUAAGACUUGGAGGAGGUAUGCCUGGACUGGGCCAGGGGCCGCCUACAGAUGCUCCUGCGGUGGACACAGCUGAGCAAGUCUAUAUCUCUUCUUUGGCACUGUUAAAAAUGUUAAAACAUGGCCGUGCUGGAGUUCCAAUGGAAGUUAUGGGUCUGAUGCUUGGUGAAUUUGUUGAUGAUUACACUGUCAGAGUGAUUGAUGUGUUUGCUAUGCCACAGUCAGGAACAGGUGUCAGUGUAGAAGCAGUCGAUCCAGUGUUCCAAGCCAAAAUGUUAGAUAUGUUAAAGCAAACAGGAAGGCCUGAGAUGGUUGUUGGUUGGUAUCACAGUCACCCUGGCUUUGGUUGUUGGCUUUCUGGUGUGGAUAUCAACACUCAGCAGAGCUUUGAAGCCUUGUCGGAGAGAGCUGUGGCAGUGGUUGUGGAUCCCAUUCAGAGUGUAAAAGGAAAGGUUGUUAUUGAUGCCUUCAGAUUGAUCAAUGCUAAUAUGAUGGUCUUAGGACAUGAACCAAGACAAACAACUUCAAAUCUGGGUCACUUAAACAAGCCAUCUAUCCAGGCAUUAAUUCAUGGACUGAACAGACAUUAUUAUUCCAUCACUAUUAAUUAUCGGAAAAAUGAACUGGAACAGAAGAUGUUGCUAAAUUUGCAUAAGAAGAGUUGGAUGGAAGGUUUGACACUUCAGGACUACAGUGAACAUUGUAAACACAAUGAAUCAGUGGUAAAAGAGAUGUUGGAAUUAGCCAAGAAUUACAAUAAGGCUGUAGAAGAAGAAGAUAAGAUGACACCUGAACAGCUGGCAAUAAAGAAUGUUGGCAAGCAGGAUCCUAAACGUCAUUUGGAAGAACAUGUGGAUGUACUUAUGACUUCAAAUAUUGUCCAAUGUUUAGCAGCUAUGUUGGAUACUGUCGUAUUUAAAUAAAGCAACGCAAAAAGCUAUUAGUGACACUUUGAAUAUAUAUUCCUCUGUUCUUAAUGCUCAAAAUAAAGGGACCUCUGAAGGUGUACUUGGUUAAGUGUAAGACAUCUGGCAUCAUUUACAGCAUGGUUACACCUUCAGUCUCCAUUGUACAAUUACUUCUGUUCUUUAGUCAGGAUCUUUGCAGAUUCCAAAGUUGUGCGAGAAUACAUCAAAGUGGACAGAUUUUGUUAGGAUCCCAUUUAAUAUUUGAAGAAGUCAGUAGCACAAAUAUAUUUUGAUUGUUGCUUACAAAAUAAAGUACAUUUACAACCCA